AUGGCAUUUGAAUGCCAGCAGACAGUAAGAAUUGGCUCAAAGGACACCUCAAUAGAUUGCUUAGAUAAUCUGCCCUCUGAAGAAGUUGACAAACGUCAAGUUAUAUCAACUAACAAUAUCAAAAAAUUUACUUCUGAGUCUGAAAAUCCAAAAUGCACAUCAACAUUAAAAGCCAAAACAGCCCUUCCUGUCAAUGAAAGUUUACACAAUUUUAGCCAGUCCAUCACUGACCUUCCCCCGGCAUUGAUAUCCGAAAUCCUCAACUGCCUUGAUCCAAAAGAUCUGGGCAUUGUGUCCUGUGUCAACACUUAUUUGUAUAGGCUUGCAUCCGAACACCAUGUGUGGAAGGAGUUUUACUGUGAAAGGUGGGGCCAUCCAAUAACGCUGGCCAAUUUUGGGCCAGGGAAUUCUGACAAGAGAUCAUGGAAGGAGCUGUUUGCGCAGAGGGAGUUCCAUAGCAAGACUUUUAUGGGUCGUUUUAGUAUUGAUACUCUGUAUGGGCAUACUGAAGCAAUACGGGCAGUUUUUGUAUUGGCUUCUAAGAAGAUUGUUUUUACUUCGGGUUAUGAUCAGAUUGUGAGAAUGUGGGACAUGGAGGAAGGGUUGUCAAUCGCAUCGUCCAGGCCUCUUGGGUGUACUAUUCGUGCAUUGGCGGCCGAUACAAAGGUUUUGGUUGCUGGGGGUACAGAUGGGUUCAUACAUGGUUGGAAGGCAGACGAUGGGAAUACUCACUUAUUUGAUCUCUCAGGUUCUGAUGUACACCUUUGGGACAUUACUAGUGGAACUCCUCUCGCAAUUAUUAAUAAUGCACAUGCUGGCAAUGCAUAUUCUUUGGCAUGUAGUCACACUGGGAAGCUCCUGUUUACUGGAGGAGAAGAUGCUUCUAGUGAUGGGAAAAUAUCACUUAUUGAUGUGAGAAAAUUGUUGAAAAAGACAAGCAAGUACUCUUCAAUUGAAAAUACUUUUAAGGGCAACCACAUGGACCAAAAACAUGUAGAACCUCCUCAAAGAAUGCUCCAUGGGUUUGGCUGCAAUUUGUUCUCGGUUGGCAUUGGCUGUGAUCGUAUUGUUUGUGGAGGUGAAGAGGGUGUUGUCAGGAUCUGGAACUUCUCCCAAGCUCUGGAGAUCGAGCAGAGAGUCCGCACUUUGAGAGGCAUGAGGCUAGAAAACAGGAUGAGGAGACGUAAGCUCCAAGCAGAAAUAAAUAGUAAAGGUAGCCACAGUGAGCAAUGUUUAGUUGCUGCAAAGAAGAACCAAACAAAUGGCGACAGGAAUGGGUGGCAUUAUAAGCACAAGGAACACGGGCAUAUUGAUGCCCUGGAAAAGGGAUUUUCAAGUGAAUCAUCAGUGAAGGCAAUGUAUGUCAUGGGAGACUCUUCUGUUGAUUGUGGAGGCAACACUCCAUUCUACAAUCUCAUACACGACAAGCUCUCCUUGUAUCCAUGCAAUGGCUCUGAUUCAAGCUUGUUCCUCAUCUUCUUGAAUCAGAGUGAGAAUGGCAGACCUCUUUCAUUAAAUAUUGCAGCUAAGAAAAUGAAUUUGUCAUAUGCCAAACCGUUUUACUGCCAAAAUGGAUCAAUUCAUGACCUUCGAAUUGGGGUGCAGCACAAGCUACUAUCCUAUACGCAGGGAGUCAAGGUUACGAGCCUCUUAACCAGCAAUUAUGCCAAAUGUUCGAGACUAUUCAGCUAUUACAGCUUUGGCUCAGCCAAGAAGUUGCCACACAAUUCUUGGAAUCUUCCGUCUUCUACCUCUCCCUCGGAAAAGACGACUUCAUCGGUUACUUCCUUAAUAUCUCAUUCGGGAUAA